AUGUCUCUCGUAUUUUCGAAGCAAAAUUAUUCUGCUCCACAUAAUAGUGAUCAGGAGCUUGUUAGACAACUGACUGACUUGAUACGACAAAAUGUUCCAUAUUCCAAAAGACUUGAUGUUUUGGGCAUAUUGUCUUACACAACAGAUAAUGGGUGCGAAAAGUUUAUAAAGAUUGAUUCCUCAUUCUCCGCUUCCAAUGAAGGAGCAUCUGAAAAUCUUAAGAAUCUCUCCGAUUAUUCCACACUAAAUUCUGUUAAGAUUUCUGCUGACCAUAAUCCAACUAAAACUGAAGCUACUGAUGAUUAUUCACAGGAUAUUGAAAGUGAGCAGCAUAGCUCUACUCACUCUCCUGGUGCCUCACCUCCUUUAUUACCACCAUCGAUUAUCCAGGUUGGCAGGGUUGGUCGAACAGAUGAAAAACCUGAUCCUAACGAGUCUGAAUACGCUUUAGUCACCCAGCCUUCUGAUGUAUUUCAAUCAACAGAAUGUGACGCAGAUGAUAAUGCCUACCGCCGUUGCCGCAGGAAGUGUCGAAAUCCUAAGCGCCAAGUUUUUGACUCGGAUUCACACGCUGGAGAUAGUGAUGUCGAAGAUGUUGCUACUGACGUUGAAGAUUCAGUUCAGACAUCUAAAUCUCAAGAUUAUAUAAAUAUCGCUGCAAAGGUCCCUCGAAUAGAUCCACAGGUCAUUGUUACUGUCUCUGACUCUUGUAUAAAGGAAAUUCCAUCAGUUACAAAUUCGAAUCCUGAUAUUGAUAUGGUAUCUAUUUCUUUAAGUAGUAGCUUACAGGAUGUUCCUCCCUCACCUUCAGUUUUAUCUGCAUCCCCAACAGCUACCAGUGUUUCUUUUGUCCCCAUGCAUUAUUCUACUGUUAAUAGGUAUUUAAGUCCACAAGUUACAUCUAGUGACGUCUCGGCGUUGGUGAACAACCAAAUAAGUUCUGGCACAAAGUAUGCCAUUUCAGCGAAAUCUUUGGGUUUGGGCGAUAUUGGGGACCUCUGUGGGAUUCUACCGAUAAAUGCUCUCCUGGGAAAAACUCUCAUAUCCGGAAAUGAUACAAAUGGGUCUUCCAAAUUGCUAUUUGCUAACAAUAUUGGUACAGCAGUUUGUCCAAGUGCUUCAGAAACGGUCAAUCCCUCAGGGUUUACUCAGCAAAUGACACAGUGUAUUAGUUCUUCAUCUUGCACAAAUCAGAAUCUUAUAUUAAACUCAAACUUAGCGGCUGCUGUUGCUGCAGCGAUUUCUAACUCUUCAUUUUCACUGUCCAGUAAUAGUAAUCCAGUUGCUAACAAUGGGUCAAAUCUAACUACAAGUAUACCUACAUUGAAUACUCCUUCAAUAGCCUUAACAGGGCCAUCCGGAGAGAUUCUGGGCACAAUACCAAUAGCGUCUGCUAACUCAUCUCAGAAUAUUAUUUCUUCAGCCUUAGGAAGUGGUGUCGUUCAGCCUUGUUCCAUAAAUAAUUCUCUGACAACAGUUAGUGUUACGCUACCAGCUAAUCCGAUUACUGGUUCUUCGACAGGCUUGGCAAACACACUGAACUGGCUACGUUGUGCCACAGCUACAGUGGACCCUAAUUCACACCACGUCAUCAACAGUUUUAAUCCAGGUGCUAAUGCGUCAUCGUUUUCCGUAACAUCAGGCAAUCCUGUCGCUCUUCUUCAAUCUUUAGUCACGCAACAACAGCAACAGGGAGUACAAGCUCAGAUACAAAAACAACAACCAUUGCAACCGGCAUUUUCAGUGGGACCUACUUUAGCUUUAAUUGGGACCUUAGGACUUAAUUCUCCAGCAACAUGUUCAGUUACUGGACAACAUCCAUCAGAAACAACAUUUUCAUCUAAUACAGGAUUGUCGACUGCUGUGUCAACAGUUUUACCCAGUACGUUGCAUAAUAAUGCUCAGCCAGGUCCGUUAAUAACAACGCAGCCUUAG